AUGGAGUCUCCAAGGCAUACAAAGAAUGCUAACUUGAAUCGAGAACCAAAACGUAGCCAGAAUCUGCCAUCCACUCCUCGUCAGAAGGAUGCCUAUGCUAGGCUCCUCAGCCAGCACAGCAGCAGCAAAUUCAGUCUGUAUAUGGAGCAAUAUGCAAAGGACACACUGUUUCAAAGAGAGGGAAAUGGUCCAGGCGCACAAGUCCGGAGUGACAGACUGAAUAUACCACAGCAAAAGAGGGACCAAGCAGCUUUUGAUUUCUCUGAUUCAAGUGACUUCUCCCCUUCAUCCAUGAAAAUCAAAGGAGAAGAGAGUUCACUGUCUCUGUACAAGGAGAAACUGAGCACCUGCAACGCUACGCAGGACUGUGAGAGGAAGCAGGGUGUCUCUGACAGACAGCGCCGGGGACAGAGAAGGGACACAACCACCAGUCAAGAUGGGGACAUUGAAUCCGGUGAGGAACUAGGCUCUUUUAAAUCCAAUGAGUCAAAGAAACACCAGAAGCAGCAGAAGAAAAAUAAAGACUCUAAAGAAGGUGAUUUUUUGGUCGGAAACCCCCAGUCCCCAAAGAAAACCAGUGUCAGUGGCCAGGAGCAGGAGAAGGGGCUGAAGUCAAAGAAGAAAAGCCAGCCAAAGCACCAAGAAGGAGCAUCAAAAUCUGGUGUCGACACUCAGAUGUCAAGGCCCAAGUCCCCUUACGGCAAGGACAAAAAACCUCUGCUGUCAGGAGGUGAGGUGUAAUCGCUGUCUAUGCUGUGAUAGUGAUUUUUCAUACUUUCGGAGGAUUAUUAUUAAAUAAAUUAUUAUGUGAAAUCUAUUUCAGCCUGCGGUGCCAAUUCUCCUGCUGAAAAGAAUAAGAACAAAGGAGGCAGAGGAUCAAAGAAACAAGUGUUCGAGCCUUACAUGAUGCUUGAGGAGGUGUCCCAUGGCUUGAAAAGAGGAGAGCUCAUUCAGGUAAAAAAAAAAAAAAGUUACAGCCUCUUAGACUGUAGUUUUUUUACAACCCUUAAAGUAACUUGUUGUGGCCACACUUACAGGUAUAUGAAGACUGAUUUAUGUAGGGAUUUAUUAGUUAUUUUAUGACAGGAUAUCUUGAUUUUGAUCCCCCAAUAAAAACGUUUUUUUUAAACUGCAUACUUGAAGUAAAACAUAGUUUAAGGCCCUUUUCAUCAAUCAAGACCUGAAAUCAAACAGCACCCACACAACUUGUACAAUGAUAUGUAUAUUGUAUGAUGUAACUAAAACACAAAGUAUAGUGCUGGAUAAUUUUUUAAAGACUGCACAUUUUCUCUGCAGGGUCAAUUAAGAAUCAACCCCAAGAAAUACCAUGAAGCUUUUAUCCCAUCUCCUGUAAGUACAACUCAGAGUGCAUCAGAUAUAUUUUUUGUCUCAAUGUCAUAUUUUCUUGGGGCCAGCACAUCACCCUUUCACUUAUACUUCUUAAGUUGAACAAUACAUGUAUGUUCACAUUAGGAAUGCACAUUUCUAUUUGCAUAAUAUUAGUACUAAUUAAUAUUAGUACUGGCAGAUUGCACAUUAAAAGUAAAUCACCAUGAAGAUCUGUUAUGUCCAUGCAGAGGCAGCUUAUGAAUGAGUAACAAGCCUCGACAUGUCAGCUGGAGGAGUGUCAGAAACAGACUGCAGACACAUUACUGAUUUCAAUAUUUGCUGAAGAACACACAUCAUCCUUUACAAUAGAUUUAAAGUUUGUUUGUCUUGUUGUAUGUCUGUUUCCAAAACGAAUAGACUCUCAAUAAGAAUAACUGGCAAACUCUACUACAGGAGAGACUUGAGGGUCUGUUAAGUGGAAAAAUUGGGGUGCACAUAUUAGUAUUAAUCAUUAGCAAAAGUCCAAUACUCGACGUCCCUACUGAACAUGCAAUUUUAUUGUAUUUGCUUUUACAGUCACACCAAAAAGAGCUCAAUGUUGUAAAUCAACAGUAUCAACAAAUAACAGUUUUAUGUUUACAGGAUGACACCCGGGAUAUAUUUCUGGAUGGGAUUGUGCUCCGUAACAGAGCGCUGAAUGGAGACAUUGUGGUAGUGCAAAUCCUUCCUCAAGACCAGUGGAAGGUAGACUGCACUUACUGCCUCACUUUUCAACUUUGAUACCAUUUGUUUAGAGUUUUAUUACCAUGAAGGUACCACAGAAAAUAUAGCGAUUUUUCAGCAGGACAGUAUUUCAGCAGAAAAUGAAUAUGCUGCAUGUUUCUGUCUAGGUUGUGAGGUCAGAUACUGACUGUGAGGGCACCAGUGAUUUAGAAACCCAGAGAGAUGGCACAGCGCAGAAGAAGAAAACCCAACAAGCCUCCAUCCCUGAUGUCAUUGUAGAAAACCAAUACAGCGACCAGGAGGAACUCGUCAGAAAGAUUCAGAGUACCACUCUGGCUGAUCCAGGUAAUGUGCUACACUUGCAUUUAUAACACUGAAACUCUGGUUAAAAAUAUCAAAAAAAUUCCUAGUGUUUAAAAAUGCUCAGUCAAAAUGUCUUAAUAUGUUUUUACAAAAACAGUUUUAAAAUAUGAAAGAGCACUAGUUCAUCUUACAUGUGUGAAUCUGUUCUCUCAUCUAAUGGAAAUAGGGGAACCUCAGGAAGACCCCUCAACCACAAGAUCCAAUGGGGAAAUACUCCAAAAGACCGCUAGAGUAAGCUCCUCACUUAUUUGUUAUGCUACAGUUUGUACUGAGCCCAUCCUUGUCAUUUUUUAUAAGCAUUUUAUGGACAAAAACAUCACAAUAUAUCACUUUUUCCUGCCAAGCUACAAUGAAAAUGUUCUUUGCAUCUACAUUACUUUUGAUUUGUGGAAUAUACCCAUUUGAACAGACAGUUAGAUAACAAGCUAAAUGCGUGUUGUUUUCCUUUCUUUUGUAGAACUUAAGUUUUCCUAAGUUUUCACUUAGAAAUUUAGUCAACAAGUUCAUGACAAAACUAGAAGUUGAUAAUGAUUCAAGAGUUUUCCCUGUGAAAAGAUACUAGUUUGCAGAAACUUAAAGCCAAGAUCACAAAGUUUUAGUUUGUUUUUCCAUAUUUCUCUGGAGUAUUUUUUAUCAUAUUUCUAGUGUGUGCGCUAGGGGAAAAAGCCUCAUGUUGCUCCUUUCAGAGUCUUCACUUCACUUUUCCUCUCAUUUGUCUACUAGGUGGUGUACAUAGUCGAAAAGAAACACUCCAGAGCUGUCACAGGCUUCCUGAAAUUUCUACCCGACAAGCCCUUUGCCAUGUUCUCCCCUGUUGACCACCGGGUGCCACGUAUCAACGUCCCUCUCGCUGACUGUCCUGAAAACUUUACCUCCCGCCCCGGCGACUACACUAACACCUUGUUCAUAUGUCGGAUCACAGACUGGCCAGCUGACAGCAACUUUGCAGAAGGGUGAAUGUGACUAUUCAAAGAUUUACACCAGGAAGCAUUUCACCAUUUUACCACCAAUCUGACUCCUGGUAUUUCCUACAGGCGACUCGCUAAAACGCUGGGUCAAGCUGGAGAGAUCGAGCCGGAGACUGAGGGCAUCCUGACCGAGUACGAUGUGGAUUCAUCUGAGUUUUCAGAGGAGGUGUUAGACUGCCUGCCCACAAAUCUGCCGUGGACCAUCCCACCUGAGGAGAUGAGAAAGAGGAGAGACCUGAGGUAAGACUAGGAAGUUGGUACUGGCCAUUAGAGUCCGAAUUUCCUGUUAUAAGUAUGCUGUUUACUGUUUGAGUGUCUGAGACAAAACAAAAAUCACUGCAGCAACCUGCCAUUGAGGUACCACUAAUUUAAGUACUCAUCCAUCUACAAUUAACAGGUGUACUGUCUUGUAUUGGUUUGUACAGUAAAAUGACUUAAAAUGCAUUAUUUAAUCGUGUGUGUAGGACAGAGUGUAUCUUCACGAUUGACCCGUCCACAGCCAGAGACUUGGACGAUGCUCUGUCCUGUAAACAACUCCCUGAUGGUAAGUGACCCAUCCUGUAGAUCUCACUGAUGAAUAUGGAGAUUGAAUCUGGUAUUAGAUACUGAAUCUGAGGUUUUGACCGUUCUUCCACACAGGUAACUUUGAGGUGGGAGUCCACAUUGCUGAUGUGAGCUAUUUUGUAGAGGAGGACAAUGCUCUGGAUGCCAUUGCGAGUCAAAGAGCAACUAGUGUGUACCUGGUUCAAAAGGUAAGUGCUCAUUAGCUGACUCAAAUCAUGAUGUGCUUCCACUAUUGAUAGCAGAGACCAGUUUUGAUGCCUUUUUUAGAAUGUUGUGUUCCCAAUUAUAUAGUGUGCAAUCAUUUACACGACUGAUCAGUGUGUUGAUGUGCUUUAACCCUCACCAGGUGAUCCCCAUGUUGCCCAGGCUGCUGUGUGAGGAGCUGUGCAGUCUAAACCCUCUCACUGACAGACUCACCUUCUCUGUCAUUUGGAAAAUCACACCGGAGGGAAAGGUAUGGAUAAUUCACACCCCUUUAGGACUGCAUCCAAACCGUGAAACGACAACGGCAUUUUAUUGAGUACGUUCAAUCACUAGUUUACUCAAUGGGACUGAAGGACAAAGAAAAAACAAACCUAAAAUGCAGAUAAUUGUGAGCAUGAUGUGAAGAAAGAUACUAAUGAGAAAGGGAAUACAGCUGGUGUCAUGUAAGGAUAAUACUAUUGGCAGAAAAUAGUCAGGGCUUGACACUAACCUUUUUCACAAGGAGCACAUGUGCUCCUAAGUUGAAAAAGUAAAGAGCACACUAAGAACUUUAGGGACACCAUGAAAAUUGAUCAAAUAAUCCGUGUCCUAUUGUCCUGUUAUUAUUAGUACUAUUAUUUGAAAUCAAUUUUAGGUCAAUUGGUCACAUGACAUGGAAGCUAUUGAAGGAAAACAGCCUUUUUUGAGAACAUCAACUGGUAAUUUAUUGAUGGUCCCUUAUUCAACACCCGACGUUGACAGUGAGGGUGCCGAGUAGAUUUAACUGCGCUGCUGUUACUAUUCCCGGUUAUGGAGGGUGAGAAGACACCGGUAGAUCUGCAGUGAAUGUCCGUCAGAUAUCCAACCUGAAACUAACUUCACCGCAGUAUUUACAUGAAAAAAAAUUUGUUGCCUCGGCUGAUUUUUUUUUUUUUUUAUGCGCACAUGUGCCCCUAAAUAAAUUUUACAAUUCGCACACUUCUAUUUUUAGUGGCAAAUGCGAAUGAAACAGUCGCACUGUCGAGCUCUAAAGUGUUUAAACUGUUGAAGCAGAAGUUGUAAGUCCACCCUGGCUGUAGGGUUGACUCAAUUUGUUGUGGAUACUUUGUGUUUCUCUGACCUUUCUCUCAACUUCUUUCCUUCCGUCAGAUUCUGAGCGAGUGGUUUGGUCGCUCAGUCAUUUGCUCCUGUGUAAAGCUGAGUUACGAUCACGCUCAGAGCAUGAUUGAAGCACCCGAGAAGAUGUUCUCAGCUGAGGAGCUGCCCCCUGUGGACCCUAAACACCCCAUUGAUGAGAUCCAUCAGGCUGUGCUCAAUCUGCACUCCAUCGCUAAGAACCUGAGGGCUCAGCGCUUCUCAGGGGGAGCUCUCAGACUGGAUCAGGUUAGCCCUGUCUGCCUUAUCCUUGUUCUAUUUAAAGUUUUAAUCCACACUCAGUUUAAUAGAGCAUGACAAAAGCCUCUGAUAAGGUAGCAGGUUCUGAAAUUCUUCACCUCACCCACUGAUUUAGGUUUAUAGUGAAAAGGUUUUGAUCAUUUUGAGCAGCUAUAAAGAGGAGCAAACAUAGUUAUCAGUUUGAUAGCAAAAAGGAACCAGAAAAUCUACAAUCCAGAUGCAAAUAUAACAUUUUAAGUGAAUUAAUAAAAUAGUCUGGACUUAGACAUAGUCACCGUUUGUAAUUCUCUUAGUUAGUUAGAGCUGUAGAGGAGACUAAAAACGAACAUGUUUGACAUUUAAGUCGUGUUUGGACUUACAUCAUGAUCAUCUUUUACUGUCUCUUUAGUUUUUAUUGCUGCUGGUCUUUGAAAUCUACCUCACAACGUUUUCUUAUAUAACCAACUACAAUGAUAAUAAAAGUCUUAUCUUAUUAGUGAGUUGCAGGUUAAAAUAUGAAGGAUGAUGCAUAAUGGGUGGAUCACUAUAACUGACUGAAACACUGAUAUGUUGACCCGAAGCUCCUCUGCUAUGGCAACCAAGCCAUUACAGAUUUUCUCAAUAGGGUGUUAUACAUCUAGUUCCUUAAAAACCAAUAGUCUUGAACCAAAUACUGUUUUUGAUAUGGUUGUAUCGACUUAGAAUCGUGUCAUAUUUUUUAAUUUUUAAAACUGCCUGUCAUACUCAAAGCUGAAGCCAUGUCAGUAGUCACAAUAACAUCUGUAGUCUUCCUAAAAUCAGCUGAUUUAGCUGCUAUCACUCACCUGAAACUGCACAUUUCAAUUGAUAGUGAAGUGAAACAAGAGGAUCACACAAUGGCACCGCUACUGUUGUAGGUUUCUUGUCAUAGUUUUUUUCUGUGCCUUUUUUUUGUCCAUUUGUCAGCCCUGAGCCUCAGCUCCUAUCAUUUUCUGUCAAGUCUUCACUUUAUUCACUGUCCUUACCUCUUUUGCCGUUUUUUUUUCCCCCCGCACUAAACAGACCUGUGUCGACUUAGUGGGAAUCCUUACUGUGCACUGUUCCUCCUGAGUCUGUGGUUAGGGCCACAUCUCUGUCAAAGGUCUUAGCUUUGGUCUGCUUUUUGUCUACACCAGACCACUGCCAAGAAACAAUAAGAAUCUAGUAUCAUUUCUAUUAAAGGCCCUGGGAGGAGUUGGUUGUUAAACAGACUGAAAUCCACACUGAUGCUUAUACAUGGGCUAAAAAAAGUAAAUAUCAGUAGAAAGGUCAAUCAUCUCUGUGUGGCUAUUUUUAAUUUCUGACACGGCUAGAGAUGAGUAGGUACCUGCUAUAGAAAUAAACAGUGCAGUAGGAGCUGUUUUAUUUUCCUUACAAAGAUUUUCAGUGAGUUCUACGUUUGUUUGAUUAAAAAAAACCUCAGGAUUUAAGAUAGAUGAUGUUCAGGACAAAAUUAGCAAAGAAACUAUAGAUACAGGGAUCCAAAAUCAGCUUUAUCAGAAGGAGCAUAAAUGUGUAUUUCCUGUAACAUACUCUUUCAUGGCUUAAUGAGUGACAAUGGAAAAAGUUUUUGCAGCUCUUAAUUGUAAAAUUCAACGUUCUACUCAUAUUUUGGGGUUUGAAAUGUGAUAUUUGAUCACUCUGAAUGAGCUGAAAGAGAUUUGUUGAGCACAACAUGAGCUAACAAAAUCUGAAUCAACCAAACUGAAGAAAGAGUCAGAUUAAUUAGUCAAUCUAAUAAUAAUUUCUUUGUGUUUACUUUUGUUUUGUUUGUUUUAGCUAAAAAUGUCUUUUACUCUGGACAAAGAGACCAUGAUGCCUCAAGGCUGCUACAUUUACCAGUACAGAGACAGCAACAAGUGAGUGAAAAACCCUUCAAAAGAUUUCUCUAGUUUGUCUUUUAUGUUUCUUUUCAAACUGAACUUGUACUCAAUACGACACAUUUCUGAAUUCUGUUGGUUUCUAUUCAUUGAUGAGUCUGAAAUUGUAUCAUACAUACUUUGAUGUGAGUCCACCUUUGUCCCUGUUUCUCCUUUAGUCUUUAAACUUCCAUCUGUAUUUGUCUUCUGCAGGUUGGUGGAGGAGUUCAUGUUACUUGCUAACAUCGCGACAGCAAACCACAUCUACGGCAAGUUCCCUGAGCUGGCCAUGCUCAGACGACACCCUCCACCCAAAGCAAAGAUGGUGGAUGAGCUGCAGGAGCUGUGUGAUCAGCUGGGCAUCCAAAUUGAUCUGUCCUCUGCAGGAGCACUACAUGUCAGUGAUGAAGAUGAUGUGGCUAAGAAAAUUGGAGAGUCAGAACAGUUUUCGACUAGAUCAGCAGAUUACCAACGCGAGGAUCAGAUUCUUUUAGUGUAGGAAUGUAGAUGUUUUGUAGGUCAUAUUAAACCAUAUAAAAUCAUGCUCUGAUAACAGGGACAUUAGAAGGAUACAAAAUGACAUUAAUGUUUUAAAUCUCUGACAUGUUCUACCUUUUCAAAAUGCAGAAAACCCUCAACACUGCUCUCGGUGACGAUGAGUACACAGCUGCCAGAAAAGAAGUCCUGACCCACAUGUGCUCCAGACCCAUGCAGGUCAGAGCUCUGUUACUGCCUCUGUUUUUUUCUUAUUUAACUUUUUUUCAGUUUCUUAAGCUUGCAUAGAUCAUAUACACUGUUGUGCACCAAAGACUUUGUAACUUGAAAAUGUUUGUGAUCAUGCGUGUUUUCGCUGUUUUCCAGAUGGCGGUGUACUUCUGUUCAGGUGAACUAAAAAACGAGCUGUUGUUCAAGCACUACGCCCUCAACGUUCCUCUCUACACUCACUUCACGUCACCCAUCAGGCGCUACGCUGACAUCAUAGUUCACCGUCUGCUGGCUUCUUCCCUGAGUGAGCACCUUUCCUCUAAAAGUCACCAAAACAAACACAAACAACAGACUGCUCUCUUUGCUGCAAACAGUGCUGCUGUUGAUUCUGCACGGAGAACAAAGCAGCCUCAGAUCUCAAGCUGAGUUGACAUGUUGUUUGUGCUGCUGCUCUUUGCAUUGUUUCUGCCUGCUCCUUCUUCUUCUUUCUGUGUCUCUCUGUUUAGUAUGUCUGAGCCUGUUGUCAUUGAACUCAUAAAGCGUGUGUCUUCUUGCAGAGUGUGGGCCUCAUUUGGGGCUGUCUACAGAAGAGGUCCACAAACAAGCCUCGCACUGUAAUGACAAGAAAACUCUGUCAAAGCGGGUCCAGGAGCUGAGCUCUGAGCUUUUCUUUGGAGUCUUUGUAAAGGUAGGCGUUUCAACAAGCAGCCAACAAGUAGAAGAACAGAAAAAUAUUCAUGAAGUUAUGCAAGCUGCUGACAGUUUUCAGUCCUCUUUGUCAGAGUGGCCUAGUUUUGUUUAUUAUGCUCUGCGUCUUAUACUUAAACUGAAUUUAAAAAAAUCCUAUCCCCAAACAGAGAAAACAGAACUACAUUUUAUGUCCCAGUUACUUUUUCCUUUUAUGUAUUAUAACGUACAAACGUUCCUGCUGGACUUCAACCGGUAUCCCCAUCAAAUAGAAAGAAAGAAGAGUUUUAAUUGUGAAACAAGCUAGUCACAUGAUGUUUUGUUGAAUACAUGCUGCUCUAUUAAGUAUGAAAUAAUGUUUGGCUCCAUGUGUUCACAGGAGUGCGGCCCUCUGGACUCUCAGGCCAUGGUGAUGGGCGUUCUGGAUCAGUCUUUUGAUGUGCUGGUUCUUCAAUAUGGAGUACAGAAACGCAUAUACUGCAAGGUCAGUUCAUAGACACUCCGCUUAACAGGGAGGAGUUUAUCCUGCAUAUGUAGAUUUGUACAAACACCGGCUGUGUAGUUGAGUUUGGGGUCAUCUGUCAUAUGGGUUUUUGACCAUAUUACAAAAUUCUAUUCUUGUAAGUCGGUAUAAAAAUGUGUUUGAAACUGUUCUAUCUCACUUAAAUUUAGUCUGAAACAAAGAUUGUUCAGGGAGGGAAAGACAGGAAGGCUCAUAGAGGGAUGUUGUGACAGAUCAAAACAGGAACAGUCUAACAGGUGGUCUCAGAUGUACGAUCUAUGAUCUGAAACAGAAACCAUUUGUCUCCAUCUUCAGUCUAUUACUGGCCUGGACUCAUUUCACCAUCGUAAGGUGGGGAAAAAAUCUGAGCUGACUUUAGUCUGGACACCAGAGGACCAAGAAAGACCUGCUGUGGAGCAGGUAAGAACCAACCCCACUGAAGUUAACUUGAGAAAUGUUACACCCUGCUCAUGAGGGGAAUAUCAUAUUAGUGUACUUACUAGAUUAGUGUAUGCAGUAGUCACAAGACCAAAAGAAAUGUCCAACAAAAUGGUAUAUUUUGGUUGAUUUGUAUCCACAAAGCUCAGGUACUCUGGCAUUGUUAGCUGAUAUUAAGAUGGUAAGCUAGAGUUUUAACAGAGCAAGAAGACGGUGUGUAAAGUUUCUUCAUGUUUUUUCUGUUUGUUUUCAUUUCCAGGUCAUUUCAAUCUUCACAUUAGUGGAGGUGCAGCUCAAGGCAGACACUGCGCCCAUGAAGUACAGCGCCAUGCUGAAGAGGCCUGAGGAGGGGAACGGAUCCUAA